AUGGUGGAAGUGGCCAUUUUGAUGAAUAUUGUGCAACGUUUGCACAAAGAAUGGUGCUACAGCCAAAAGAUUUCUGUUUGUAUAGUAUCUCAAUAUGCAGCACAAGUUAAGGAGAUUGAGAGAAGAAUUGGGAAAAGGUAUGGAAAGCUUUUAAACUUUGAGUUGAAGGUGAAAUCGGUUGAAGGAUUUCAGGACGAAGCAGAUAUUGUUAUAGUAUCUACUGUAAGAUCCAAUUCUGCUGGAUCUUCUGAGUUCAGCUUAGAUUAUCGAAUAACCAAUGUUGCUUCGAGUAAGGCCAGGCAUUGCCUUUGGAUACUGGGGAACAUGGAAACCCUUGCUGAAGCGAAUAAUGUAUGGAAAGAUAUAAUUGCUGAGGCCAAACAGCACAAGUGUUGCUUUAAUGCUGAAGUAGAUGAGACUUUAGCUAAAGUCAUGGUAGAUGUUAAAAGCAAGUUGGAUGAACUCGAAGACUUGCUUGACAAGGAUAAUAAUAUUUUCAAAGCUUCAAGAUGGAAGGUAGUUUUUAGUGAGAAUUUUGUCAAAUCUUUUGCCAAACUGCACUCAAUCUACUCUAAGAAGCUUGUGGUGAAUUUCCUUCUGAAAUUAGCUAAUGGCUGGCGGCCUAAUAAAAAGAACACUGAUGUGGUCUGUGAAAGCUCUGUCAAAAUUGCUAAACAAUUUGAGGUUGAGGGUCGGUAUAUCAUAUGCACAAAUGAUAUUAUCAGGGUACAGGGAUAUGCUACUCAAAUCUUGAAGGUGUGGGAUAUAUUGCAUUUGGUAGAUAUACCGGCAUUAGUCAGUAAACUUGACAUAAUUUAUGGAGCAUUUAGUGAUGAUUUCCUUAUACGUUGCAAAGAAAAGUGUCUCCAGGGGAAGUUGGAACUCCCAAGACACUUCACUUCAUUUGAUGUUGAACGUUACAAAGUUGUUAACAGCUCAAAAUCAACAAGUGCUUUGGAUGCUGAUAGAAGUGGAACAAGUUUUAUUGAGAAUGCAAAAGUUAAGGAGAGUUUGCUCCUUAUGAAAUUCUAUCCAUUUUUUGCAGGUGUCUUGAGUCACUUGAUGUCUGCAUCUGAUGCAUUGGCUCUAAAUGUCCCUUUUGAGGUAUCAGACCAAGAAAGAGAGGUAAUUCUCAAUGGAAAAAGCACCUUCAUUUUAGGGCGAUCUGGCACAGGUAAAACAACUGUGUUGGUGAUGAAGUUGUUUCAGAAUGAACAACAACAUCACAUAGUUUCAGAAGGAAAUGUGCAUGAAGCCUUGAUGAUAAGUGGGUUUUCAACCAAUGCUCCUGGUAAAAUUGGAACAUCCCUUCGCCAACUUUUUGUGACCGUAAAUCCAAAACUUUGUUUUGCUGUCAAACAUCAAAUCAACAAUCUUACAAGGUUUGUGAACCUUUUCAUUAUCUUUUUCCCAUGCAGUAUAUACUAUCCUUCAUAUGCAAAUGAGCUUAUCAAUGCUGGUGUUUGGUGUACUAAUGAGCUUACGGUGUAUUCUAGUAAGGACCUUUAUGGCUGUAUUGAUAUAAUCCUGCACUUUGUUCAUGGAGAAAACUUUGGUGAGGGAUGUAUCUUUAAUGACGUGAAUGAAAUGGAUGAAUACGAGAUGUUCAAGGACGUCCCAGAGUCUUUUGAAGAUAUUCCUUCAAAUGUCUUUCCGCUCGUGAUAACAUUCAAUAUGUUUUUGCUGAUGCUUGAUAGAUCCUUUGGUUUAUCAUAUUUUGAUAGAUUUCCUGAUGUUAGGAAAAUCUAUUAUAUGGAAACUGCAAGUUUCAGACUGGUUGUUCAGGCAGUAAGAAGGAAAGAGCUCACAAGAAAGCUUGAUCCUUUAAGAGUUUUCACUGAGAUUAAUUCCUGUAUAAAAGGUAGGUUACAUUAUGGGGAAGGUGAUAACAACAAUCUGAGUUUGCAGAGUUAUAUGCAAUUAUCUAAGAGCCGAGUAUCAAAAUUCAGUGAGGAUGAAAGAGAGCUAAUAUAUAAGAUAUUUGAGGACUAUGAGAAAAAGAAGGUUGUACGAGGAGAAUAUGAUUUGGCUGAUCUAGUGAAUGAUCUGCUUUGUCGUUUUAAGUGUGAAAAUUAUGAAGGUGAGCUCAUGGAUUUUGUUUAUAUUGAUGAAGUCCAGGAUCUAACCAUGAAGCAACUUGCUCUCUUCAAGUACAUAUGCAGUAAUGUGGAGGAAGGGUUUGUAUUCGCAGGUGACACUGCGCAGACUAUUGCUAAAGGUAUUGAUUUUAGAUUUGAGGAUAUAAGAAAUCUUUUCUACGAGGAGUUUCUCAACAAUAAAAUAGAAGGUGUUGGAGAAGAGCGAAAGAGAAUUAAAGGGCUAAUAUCUCCUACCUUUCAACUAAGCCAAAAUUUUCGAACUCAUGCUGGAGUUUUAAAUUUAGCUCAAAGUAUUGUUGACCUUAUUUAUUAUUUUUUUCCAAAUUCUAUUGAUCCCCUGAACCAAGAAACUAGUCUCUUAUGUGGGGAACUUCCAAUACUACUGGACUGUGCAAGUUGUGAAGAUUCCCUCAUGAGGAUUUUUCAAGACAAAGCAGGUCAAGGUGACAACAGCAAUAGCAUUAGCUUUGGAUCCGAACAGGUGAUAAUGGUCAGAGAUGAUUAUGCAAGAGACAAAUUAGGCAAAUUUGUUGGCAGACAGGCCCUUGUGCUGACAAUCUUUGAGUGCAAAGGCUUGGAGUUUGAGGAUGUGCUGUUGUAUAACUUCUUUGGAUCCUCACCAUUAGGAGAACAGUGGAGAAUUAUUUAUGAAUACAUGGAGGAAAAGCUCUGUACUUUGAAUCCGGAAACUUAUCCAAGUUUUACAAAUGCAAAGCAUGAUGUUUUGUGUUAUGAGCUAAAGCAAUUGUAUGUAACCAUUACUCGUACCAGACAAAGGCUUUGGAUAUGCGAAGACAACGAUAGUUUUUUAUCUCCUAUGGCUGACUAUUGGCAAAAGCUGAAUCUCAUUCAAGUUAAAAAGUUGGAUGAGUCAUUUGCACGGUCUAUGCAAGUUGCUAGUAGCUUAGAGGACUGGAGAUGGCGGGGUAAAAAGAUGCUAGAGGUGCAGAACUACAAGGCAGCUACACAGUGUUUUAAACGUGCUGGAGAUUUUUACUGGCAAAAGUUUGCCAAAGCCUCUGGCUUUAAGGCUGCUGCUGACAACUUACGAGGCUUAAACGUGGAAAAGUCUUUGGAACUGCUCAGAGAAGCUGCUGAGCUGUUUGAAAGCAUAAGAAACAUCAAGAAAGCAGUCGAAUGUUACAUAGAUGCUGAAGACUAUGAAAAAGCAGGUAAGUUAUGCCUUGAAGAAUCAGAUCUGCAAAGAGCGGGUGAAUGUUUCACCCUGGCAGGAUGCUAUAAACUUGCUGCUGAGGUUUAUGAUGAGGGACUUUAUUUCAAUGAAUGCUUGUAUACAUGCUCGGAGGGUAAGUUGUAUGACUUGGGCUUGUGUUACAUACAAAGUUGGAAACAAAAGUAUCACAGUAAGCCUGCAAAACAAAGGAUCGACUUCAAUGCAAGUGAACAAAAGUUUCUCCGCAAAUGUGCACUUGCAUUCUUUGAGCAGCAAGACAAGCAAACCAUGAUGAAAUAUGUUAGAGAUUUUAGCUCUCUGGAAUCAAUGCGAACUUUUUUGAAGAAGCUAGGUUGCUUUGCUGAACUUCAUGAGUUAGAGUUAGAAUAUGUUAAUCUUGUAGAAGCUGCAAAAUGUGCUAGACAAAUGGGUAAUAUUUUACUGGAGGCGGAUAUGUUAGUGAAAGCUGGUGAUUGUGAAGAAGCAUCUCGGCUCUAUCUUGCCUUUGCAUUUGCUGGCAGUCUUUGGGCAGAUGGUAGCAAGGGAUGGGCUCUAAAAGAGUUUCCAUCAAAAAAGGGUCUUUUGUUCAAAGCCAGAGCUCAGGCUCGUAACUGUCCACGCCAUUUCAAUGAGGUGUGUGAAAAUAUCAAGUUCAUAUCAAGCGAUAAAGUCGAUUUACAUGAGUUGCAAAAGCAGUUGGCAUUGUCACGACAGCAUAAAAAUUUAAGGGGGGAAAUCUUGUCUACACGUAGAAUUUUGGACAGGCUUCUUGCAACUGAUGUUUCAAUGCAUGAAUCAAGACGAAAUACAAUUAAAAAAUCAUUGAAUUGGAUAUCUGUGACAAAAUUGAUUCAUCACUGGAACGAUUGGAAACAUCAGAUUGAGACAAUAUUUAAGUACCUGGACUCCUUAACAGAACAAGGAACUAGUGGUUUUCAAGAAUAUGAAAAUUUCUGCUUGGAAUAUCUUGGUGUGAGGAAACGGUCCAUCAGUCCGGAUGCUGAUUAUUUUCUUCUCUAUCCAGAUGCAGAAUGGGUGAAAUAUGUGCCCAGAAGAUCUGAUAAGAUGGAAAGUAUUGAUGCUAAUCAACUGGUGUACGCUGCAAAAAGGCAUUGGUGUGCUGAGAUAUUCUCUGUUGGCUUGAAAUAUUUGGAGCUUAUUGAAUCUUUCCGAAUUUUAGCUGUUGAAAAUUCUAUGUCGAUGUACCGUAUAAGUCAGACUCUGAUUCAUAUUUUUGAAGCUGCACAGCUUCUUAUCAUACAGUCCAGAUAUCUGAAGCAGGCAAAUGAUGUUUUACCUUCUCUGAUGAAUUCCAUUGAUCACUCAGCAGAAGCAUACUUUCUCCACUUCUUUUCUCUUGAUUGGGGGAACAAGAUAUUUAUGGGGUCUAAAGACCUUGCGAUGCAAAGCAACACUUCAAGAAACCUGCUGAAAAAAGCCAUACUAAAGAAGUUCAUGGUUGAGGUAGAUGGUGUAGAUGAAGCUUUACUAACACUUUCACAAGUCAGUCAGGUGGCAGUAAUAUUAUUUGGAUCGAAUUGGAAAAAUAAUGAAAAAUAUGAGGGAGUUCAAAGCAAGAUCAAGUCUAAUUCUCCUUGGAGUUCAUUGAUUAAGAAUCUUGUGAUUGGCACAGUGCCGCAAACAUCAGAUGACUAUUUGCAACUUGCUUGGAAUCUUUGUGAUGCUUUAAUGCAAGCAUAUGAUUCAAAAUCAAAUAUGUCGCCUUCUUGUUUUGUAUAUCUUCUUGAACGCCUGUUAGUGCUGGUAUCUUGCUUUGAUGGAUGCUUAUUUGCAACAAGAUCGUCUGUUACUGAAUGGCUUGUGCACCUGAACUGGAGUGUAAGCAAAGAACCAUUCACGCUCAGUGUUGCUGGACUGUCAUCUUCUGUGGAACCCAUCUAUGACUUCAUGGCUUAUACCAUACACGAGCUUCUCUUGAACAAGCAGGGCAUUGAGGAAUGGAUUGAGAAAGCUGGGUUUAAUGUGAAGCAAUUUUUACCAAUGCUGAUACUGAAAUUGCUGGUUCUGAUGUGCUUAAUCUGCCUCAACUCAGGAAAGUAUUUGGAGCGGCUGAAUGAUGUGAUUAACAGGUCAGAUACCAUAUCAUUCUUGCCGGAGUCAUUUCGUAAAGUCUUUUUUCAGAGAGAGGGUUGCAGCUUUUGCAAUGUGAUCGCUGAAGCUUUGAAGAGAAUCGAUGAUCCCCUAGUGAUUAUUAGAAAUCCAGACGUUUGUCCAUAUGUGUAUGCUAGGCAUACUAUAUUCCUGAAUGUUUUCAACAAGAACAUGGAUAGUAUCUUGGAAACGCUGUUCCCAUCACGUCAAAAGAGUAGUUAUGCUCAUAGGUGA